GCGGCCGGGGUGCCCCUGGGGGGGCCGCGCCGUCGCCAGAGCCACUCACAUGAGACAUGGAGGAGGAGGGCAAGAAAGGGAAGAAGCCUGGAAUUGUGUCGCCAUUUAAGCGAGUUUUCCUUAAAGGAGAAAAGGGUCGGGAUAAGAAGGCCCAUGAGAAGGUCACGGAAAGACGCCCUCUUCAUACCGUGGUGCUAUCUCUGCCUGAUCGAGUUGAACCAGAUAUACUGUUGAAUGACUAUAUUGAAAAGGAAGUAAAGUAUUUAGGCCAAUUAACAUCAAUCCCAGGAUACCUGAAUCCCUCCAGUCGGACUGAAAUUCUGCAUUUCAUAGAUAAUGCAAAGAGGGCUCAUCAGCUCCCUGGGCACUUGACCCAGGAACAUGAUGCUGUGAUCAGUCUCUCUGCCUACAACAUAAAGCUGGUGUGGAGAGAUGGAGAAGACAUCAUACUCAGGGUUCCCAUCCAUGACAUUGCAGCAGUUUCCUACAUCCGGGAUGACUCAUCGCACCUAGUGGUGCUGAAAACAGCUCAGGACCCUGGAAUCUCCCCCAGCCAGAGCCUGUGUGCAGAAGGCUCCAAAACUCUCACCUCGGGCUCCCUGUCUGAAAGCGGAGUGGUACCCGUUGAAGCAUGCUGCUUGGUAAUCCUGGCCACAGAGAACAAAGUGGCUGCAGAAGAACUCUGCUCCCUGCUCAGCCAAGUCUUCCAGAUUGUUUACACAGAGUCCACCAUAGACUUCUUAGACCGAGCAAUAUUUGAUGGGGCCUCUACACCCACACGCCAACUGUCCCUGCACAGCGAUGACUCUUCUACAAAAGUGGACAUGAAAGAAGCCUAUGAAAGUGAAGCAAGCCCUUUCUUGUUUUUGAAGUUGCCGGAUACAGGUGGCACCUCAUCCUCAUCCUUCACACAGCCUUCUCCUCACAUCAAAACAGUCAGCGAGAGUGAGCUGAGUACCACAGCCUCCGAACUCCUGCAGGAUUACAUGAUGACGCUGAGAACCAAGCUGUCAUCCCAGGAGAUCCAGCAGUUUGCCAUGCUGCUGCAUGAGUACCGAAAUGGGGCCUCCAUUCAUGAAUUUUGUAUCAACCUGCGGCAACUCUAUGGAGACAGCAGGAAGUUCCUUUUGCUAGGUCUGAGGCCUUUCAUCCCAGAAAAAGACAACCAACAUUUUGAGAACUUCUUGGAGACAAUUGGAGUAAAGGAUGGUCGGGGUAUCAUCACUGACAGUUUUGGAAGGUACCGGCGGGCAAUGAGCACUACGUCCAAUUCGACUACCAAUGGGAAUGGGGCCGCAGGCAGCUCAGAUGACCAGUCUGCACCAUCAGAAGGGGAUGAAUGGGACCGCAUGAUCUCUGAUAUCAGCAAUGACAUUGAGGCGCUUGGCUGCAGCAUGGACCAGGACUCUUCAUGAGGAAAAAGCCUGGAGGAGGGGAGGAGAAACAUCUCUCAGGCCUGGAAGAGGCCUUCCCCUCCUUCUGGCUCACCCUCUCCCAUAGCUGUCGUCCCAGUCCUUCCUCAGAAAAAGUUCUAGGGGACCAGCCAUCAUGUUGAACCCCUUGUUUCCUUCCUUAGUGCUGGGAAGCAGGAUGGUUUCAUUAGAUAGCAUGGGUGAGCUAGGACCCUUCUACUGUGAAGAAAUGAAUGUGUUAUAAGAGGAAGUGUGGUAUUGGGUGCCAGGAACAUAGGAGAGCUUUGCAAUUGUCCAAAUUGUCCAUGUUCCUUGCUCCCAUCCUCUACCCAGAAGGUUCCUGGGUAGAAGCAUGUCCACCAAGGUAUGGCAGAAGGAUGGGGAGAGGAGCCAACUUUGUGAAGAAGUGGCUUCUUCAGUUCCCCUGGACAUUUUACAGUUUUGCACAUGAUGUUCCUGUUGUAACUCUCAGAGACCUUUUUUGAAAAAUGAAGUUUAUCACAAUGUGAAUAAUUUAAAUCUCUUGUUGUCAGACACAUUUCUAGUCUAAAUGGGGAAGUUGUGUGUGCUGAGAGAAGUAUAUUUUAGGUGGUAGGCAUUUACCAUUUUAUAUGGUUGCCCAGAGAUGCUGGAGAAGUUGGCCAGGCUAUCUGGAGUAUGGCACUGGGGUUUUCAUUGAUUUCUGCCCCCAUCAGUCCAUAGCCCUAAUGAGAUCUUGUGGGCCAAAGAGGGGAGAGUGCUGUUACCUCUGUUCACUGAGACUAUCCUGGCCCCAUUUAGGUGUGCCUAGGAGAAACCUGUUCCUGGAGAAUAGGGCCUUGGUCAGGUAUGACAAGCGAGAGUGGGCUGAUUUGACUACGUUGGGUAGUCUCUGUUGCCUUCUCCAGCAUAGCAGCUCCCUGGACACCCUGCUGCUUCCUGAAGUGGGAGGGGAAGUGGGGCUCUCCUCUGAAUCCAAAGGAAGUUGUGCAUUUCAGUGCAAGGAGCUCCUCGUGUCUGGCUUGUUCUGGUUUUUCUUUAGAACUGAAGGUGAGAUAGUGGCAGUCCCAUAGGAUCAGGUGGUCAGCAUUCUCUGAGGGACAAGAGAUAGUAAUAAGUGGAAGACCAAAUCAUGUUCAGUUAACUGGGAGGGCUUUACCUUUGCAUGAGGUAUAUAAUAUAAUGUACAUGUAGUGUAAAUAUAGUCUUAUAAAUACACUUAUUUUUUUAAUCCAUAUGCCAUACUGAUACUGGCUUGGGAAGCCAGCCUUCCCAGGGUGGUGGGACUUGCUGUCCUCUUGGCGUAAUAGCCUAUUCCUUAAUUUAUACUAGGGUUAUAUUUUUUAUUCCUUUUUAGAUAAAGCUUCCCAAGAUUUUGCUAAGGGACAGUCACAGCUCUCUUUUCAUUCUGGGGUAAAACUGUUGGUGUGUAGCAAUCCUUGCUGACACUUCCCCAGAAAGGUUAAGUCUGGAGUCUCAUUCUCACUCUCUCUUGCUUUCUUCCAUGUAUCUCCUUGCCAUAACCUCACCACGUUCCUUCUUCAUCUGUCUCAUUCUCCUGCUUUUGUUCUCAUUCAGGCUGGCUCUUGCUCUGGCCUUCCUCUGUCUCUACCUCCCCUCCCCCAUCUUUCACAUAUGCAGAUGUUUCCAUGUGUUACUGAGCACCAGAGCUGGGGGGGUGGGGAGGUCACAUUACACUGACUUGGCCGGCCAUCUGUGACCUUUAUGUAUGUAUGUAAGUUAGCUAAGAGAGGCUCACGUUGCUCUAUCUGCUUAGAUGGGAAAUUUCAUUGUCUUUCCGCACUUAGCAAAGGCUAAUGGCCAAUCCCUAGCCCAAACCUUCACAUUUUGAAUUAGCAUUCGUGGACAUGGGAUCAUAGAUUUAGAGCUGGGAGGGGCUUUAAAGGUCACCUCAUCCAGUCUUCUCAUUUGUAAAGAGAGAAGUUAAAUGGCUUAUCCAGAGUUACCUAGUCAGUCAGUAGCUAGAGACUCAAUCCAGGCCCAGGCCCAGCAUCAUCCCCACUUCAUCACACCGCCUCUCUCCACGCACUUCGGUGGAGCCUGGGUUCUCAGACAUACCAAAGGAAAGCUGGCAGCCAGGGACCGAGUCUCAAAAGCUAAGCCAAGGUGGGGCCAUAGGCAGUGUGGAUGGAUGUCAUUUCCACUCCUUCCUCUGUUUGGAAGUCAGGGCAAGAUUAAUGAGAACUCUGUGAGGGGUAUGUGCUAACUCCUUCCCCCUGCUCUGUACUUCCUCUCAUAGACCUUCCUUCUCCACUUUCUUUCUCUGGGCCCUCUCAGUGGUAGCUACAGUCUCAACUGCUUCCUGUUCAAUCAUGAGCUUCAGCUUCCCCAAGAUGGAAAGCAUCUCUGCCUAUCAUCUCAGUCCCUGUGAUAGUUCUCAGGUAAAUUUCACCCAGAAGGUAGAUAAAUAUGAAAUCUAGACUUGUGAGCUCUGCCUCGGUGUGGGCUGCACAUUUCAACUCCAGUUCAUCUAUGCAUCCCCACUGACUUCCUAUCUCCGGAGCGAUGGCUGGCUAAUUCUCAGUUUCAGCGGUACCUGUGGCACUGAACCAGGAACUCCACUUCCACAGGGAAAAGUGGUAAUGGUACCCAGAGGUUUAGAAGAGAGGGGUCAGAUCUGGAGGAGUGGGAGAAGUGAAAGGGAAGAGAGAGGAGGAAUCAUAAUCCAUUGAACUGCCUAAUCUUUCUGGAAAUGUCAGCCCUCUCUUGGCCAGAUAGGAACACCCUAACUCCACUCUUACUCAGGUUCAUCCUUGCCUGAGCUACAGUUUUCAAAUCCCAAAGCCCUUCCUCUGAGGAAGGAGGAAGAAUACAGAGUAGCAACAGAUGCCCCCCAAAGCUCCCUCUAGACAUGUGCUCUCCAGAGAUGCCAGCAUGGCUGCCCUAGGGGUGCCAUUGCACUGUUUUAUCUGUCCCUUUCUGUAUUACACACCUCAAGGCUUUGGAUGUCAGGGAGGGAGUUCACUACCAAGUGUUCUUCACGGUGAACUGGGCAUUUAAUCCUGUUCUCUACAGUGGCCAGCAAGAAGGCACCAAUGCCAUGAGCUCCAACCCCGCUACUAGCUGGGAUCCUCUAGCCAGACUACAGCCCCUAGUUGACCGAUAGCAAUCAGUUGUUUCUGUCAUACAGAAUAAUGGGUGAGGAGACAGUCCCUUCUGCCCAGAACAAGGCUAAUAGCUCUUACACAGAGGUGAGCUUAACCUUAAUUGACCAUGGAUAUGCAAUGCCCUCUUAGGGCACUGAAAUACAAAGGGAAUGGGGAGAGGGGGCGGUAAUGAAAGUAGGAAGGAUUGUGGGGGCAGAGAAUCUUGCCCUUUUGGAGAUUCUGCUCCCUGCAAAGGCUUGAGGUAAAGCUGGACUACGUCUCUCCUGCUUUAAGCAAAAUAUGAAAAGCCAGUUUGACACAAUGAAUAAAUUAGAGCAUGGCUGUUCACUUUAGAGAGGAUUCCUCUACUAGCAGGCUUCCCCGGUGCAUUUAAGGUAGGAUGUAAUUCACAGGAAUUUGGAUUAACACACGAAAUUCAUAGCACCUAACAUAGUGCUGGUCACAUGGUAGAUGCUUGAUACAUACUUGUGGGUUAGUUGAUUACUUGGAGUGAUCAACUCAUGGAUGGUAUAAAUGAGGGCACCUGUAUCCCUGGUGCAUCCUCACCAAAACCCCAGCUUGCUAGGGGCUUCCCCAGAACUUUGGCCAUUAGAAUUAUUAGUGCCUUUGAUGUCACCGCACUGGAAUUGUGUCCACUCAGCUGACCAGAGCUCAGGCCAUGACAGGUUGGGGAUGAUUUUCCAGAAUCGACUUCAGGGACUCAACCUGUUAGACCUGUAGCCAUUUUCAUAUGUGCCGAGCGAUGUGACUCAAGAGCUGCAGUAUUUUUGUAUCAGUGGCUGUCACUGAAAACAAAGUUCUCUGGGUACCGGCCUAUUUGAAUAAUUGUCUUCCUCUGUCCCCACCGCCAUGUCCUUCCCUGGCCCAGCCUUGUUCAGGACUUGGUCAGUUUCUGAAACUGAAAUUUGUCCCCAGUGCUAUGACUGGGGAAUGAAGGGGGUGGGGGGGAGGGUGGGGAUUGGAUGGGAGAGAUGCCUUUAUUUUUGAUAUGGUCUCUAGAUUUAUAUACAAAGGUAAUUUGCCCUAUGGGCUUCUGGGAAGGGGACAAAUCAGGGCCCUAGAGUUUGAAAGCACUUCAGUCUCCCCAGGUGGUUUUCAUGUUGGUGGGGCUGAGAGGACUUUGGCCCCUGAUGCAGUCACCUGAGCCAUUAAAAAUGUCCUCAAGCUUUUGUGUGGGGUUGUGGGAGGUGGGGGGCAGCUGUAUGUAUGACAUGAUGUUCCUCACCUCAUUUGUACGCGGUUUUGUAUGUAUGCUUUCUGUAUGGAGUAUUUGUUACAGGUAAAUAUAUUCCAGCACCCAAUCUA